AUGAGAAUAUCAAGCAUAUUUGAGAAUGUUAAGCCAAGUGUGCAGAAUAAAUUGAUGUUGCGCCAAAACUUUGAGCAGCUGCAAGAGCGUUUAAGAGAAAGGCAGGAAGCAUUGGAACAGCAGGAGCGCCGCCUUCGUGGUUUUCUUGGCAACUCCCCCUCCUCUUCAUCAUCAACUACAUCAUCUGCAGUGUCAUCUCCUUCUCUGGACUGUGAUGAUGAUCCACCAAGUCCUCCAGAGAGAAUACGACGAAGUCGCCCCCCGACUACAUCGUUGUCAUCAAGAAUUGCCAAUAUGCUUGCACAUCAAGCAGCCAAUGCUAACAAUGUAUCAGGUCUUGAAACUAACACAGUUCAACUGUGUAAUGUUAGGCGGCGAUUACGACAGAGCAUUCUCAACGCCAGGAGGGACAUGCUUGUUGGCCGUACCCCAGGCAGGGCUGGUGGUCCUAUACUUUUCCCAGUUUCCAGGCUUCGAUCCCGAAAUAGCAAUGCAGAGAGAAUACACGUAUUAAUAAGAGAAGGACUACGAAGGGAACAGAGGGAUCAUUACAGGCAAAUUCUUCGCCACAUGGCUGACCGCCUCAACAGCCUUGUUAACCAGGAGCAGGAGCAACAACAGGACGAGCAAGCCCAGCGACGACAGGGAGAAGAUCACUUGUCCGACAACAUCCCAAACUCCGGCCAUCUGAGUGGUGGUAUGUACAGACACAUGUCGAAUAAGUAUGCCAGCGCUCGUGCUAUGACAAACUCAGAGCAGCCAAGUGGUGAUAAUUCCAUGGACAAUCACAUGGAGAAUCUACGUCUUCUUGUUAGGCUAGCACUACACCUAAUUGAUCAGUUGACAAACUUCAUAUGUAACCAAAAUAUAUCUUAUGAAGAGCGUCCUAUAUCUCGCCUUCCCAAUCCAUUCCGUGAUGAAGAGAUGGGUGCUACUGGUGAGGCAUCAAGGUCAGAUAUUGCUUCUUCAAUUGAUUUAGAUCUCUCCCCUGGCCUUCAUAAUCUCACAACAUUAUUUGAGACUGUGCGUAUGGCCAGCGAAGAAUUGCGAAAUGAUGAAGGGGGUGGCAGCGAGAAUAGCUCAACACAAGAAAGCACAAGACCCAUCACGAACGUACCAAGACGUUUGACAGACUUUUUAAGAAGGUCUGGAAAUUUAGCACAGCAGCAAAACAUGAGUAGUGGAAAUGAAGCAAGUGGAACUAGAAGUACACGUGCAAAUUCCUCCUCUGUACCACAACUCGUUAUUCCUCGCAUUACCCUAAGUGACCCAAGUGGCAGUGAAAGUCAGGUGGAAGAUGAUGCAGCCAGUAACCAACCUUCCAGGACCUCAUAUAAUGAUAGAGCUGAAUUUAGCACAAGAUCAGUUUCUGGCGUUCCGCUGAGACUUCUUGGUCGGCAGUACGCUGUAGACCGUCGCAGUCCAGACUCUGAGGAUAAUCCGAGUAUUCCUGAAGUUCUCCCGGAUGCAUUGUAUCACUCACCUGAUCCAAUACCUUGGAGAGGACCUUAUGAUCUCGGACUUCUGAGAGGUCCUGGAUCUGAAAUGCUGUUCCGUCCUAACAUUCAGAGAGUGCCGCCUGAUCGAGCUGCUGAGAGGGAAGCUGAUAACUUUUUCAGUCGACCUUAUUAUGCCUCACAUCCAGCUUCAAGAACAAUGACAGCUUCACUGCAAACACAUCGAAUCCAAGCUUGGGAUUUUACCAACUACCAGAUACCUGAUAUAUCAGACAGCUUAUCUAAUUUGGUAGUAGGGAAAUGUAAAAUUCAUAAUGAUGCAAGUGUUGAUGUAUCAGCUGAUGGUACCUUGUUGGCUGCUCUGGUUCCUGAGAGUGAAGCUAUGAUUAUGGUUGGUGUCUACAGUUUAGAAAAUCGUUCCUUGGGUCAGCUCUUAUACAGUUACAUAUUUGCACCCAACACCAUUUGUGUAAGUUUGUCUCCAGUGGCAAGGCAUUUGGUGGUGGGAUUUUGUUCACAAAUGCCACGGCUUAUCCCACAUCACAAUACAAAGCAGGUUGUUGCUCAAAUAUACAAGCUCUGCGACAACCCGAUGUUCCACCGGCAGGGGCAGGCAGGUCACCUGCAGUUCUUGAGAGACAUUGAGGUGGUAUGUGAUCACCGACACACUUCGCUAAACUGCAUCCGCUGGCUUCCUUACCCUGGCCAAGGCCUGAUUUAUGGUAAUAAUAGAGGGCAAUUAAACAUACUACGGUGAUUGGAUUUAGGUAGAUUAGUAUACAUUUUUUCAUGCAAUAUUUAAAUUGUGAAGAGGCUGCUGUUGUUUUACUUUCAUGUAUUGAUGUGAAAAGGGAAGAAGCAUCUUUUUAGUGCCAUUUAUUGAUGGGGGAUCAUUUGUUUAGACGUGAGCUAGCCUUAGUUGGAUAUUUGAUUAUCAAGGUAAAGCUUAAGUACAUAAUCUGUUGUGUUUGGUGAUCACUAGCACUAAUUUUGUUGCAUUAUUAAGAUUUGAAGUAAAGGUAUAAUAAUGUAGCUAUUAAAUGAUUUACUUCUCUUCGGGCGUUACAGACACUUUACUCUUAUGUGUUGUCCCCUUUCAUGUUUGUGUGUUAGUACUCUGGUCGGUAGAAAACAGAUGAACCGUAAAUGGGUGCAGAGAUGCUUGAAUGACAGUCUUUGUAUCCUACACAGUACAGUAUUUUUGAGACGAGAGCAUUUUCUGCAUAUCUUGUAAUUAUGCAUUUACAGGUUUAAAUAUUUAUUGGUGUUAGUAGACUUUCAAGCCUUGUCACCUUGUUUAUAGAAAUUUGUUCCAUUUAAUUUAUGUAUUUAUCUCUCUCUCUCUCUCUCUCUCUCUCUCUCUCUCUCUCUCUCUCUCUCUCUCUCUCUCUCUCUCUCUCUCUCUCUCUCUUGCUUUAUCAUCAGCCAUAGCAAACCCACUUUUACAAAAUUAUCCGUCCAAGAAUUCAAUUUUAUCAUUCCAUCAGAAUGAUGAUUUGUACAGUGUUCUGUUGCACUUGUUGCUUUGAAUAAAAAUGAAAAGGCAGUUCUUUUUGAACGAGAAAUGUCUCCAGUCACAUUGAUAGGUAGCUUUACUGACAUUUUUCUUUUAUUAAGAACUUACUCACUGGAAGCCAGUAGACUUCCUCUUCCAUACUUAUCAUUUCUAUGGUUAUUAAUGAAUAGGUGCUUUUACCUGUCGCAAGUAUAUCACAUGCCUUCCUUAUGCAAUAAUGAAAAGCAUCUAAUGGAAGGAAAGGGGUAUUAUUGCUGUUUUUCACGUACAACAAGCAUACCAUAUCUUAUUUUUUGCAAUUUAUAAAUGUCUAAACCCUAUCUCUUCUGUAAAAUAACUGAGACCUGAGGAAUCUUUUACUUUUCAUAUUAACAGUACUUGCAAGAAUUGUAUAUAUAACUUUCAAUGUUGUUUUUGGAAGCCAUUGGACACCACAGGGUCAUAGGUGGUUUUUGCAUUUGGGUUUGCCUUGAAAGCAGCUUUAAACUAUUUUGAAGUGAAAGAUACUCUUGAGGAUUGAGUAAGAACUUUUACAGUUCUUCUUUGGCUUGGUUGAUGCACUUUUGUGUUUUUCAUCCGAAUUAACAUUAUGAUAUUAUGUAGUUAAGGAGCCAAAGCAAUUUUUUCUGUGGUAGUAAUUAUUUUAUCAGACCUUUUUAGUACUCAGGAUGGAGUGCUAUGUUGUUUUCUUUUUUAUGGCUUAUUUUUUCAUCUGGGUCUGAAAGACUUUUAUUUACAAACAGUAAUAUUUAUGGAGAUAAGCCUUCCAUCUCAUGGCAUAAUACCAAUUAGUCAUGAUUACUUUAGUAGUUUUGCUGCUAAUGUGACUAAUUCAAACUUCAUUUUAUUUUAUGAUGCAACAUGUGGAGUAUAUUCAUGUCUUAUGAUUGGCAGUAUUAGGUGAUUUUGGUGUUAUCUAUUGCUGCCAUUUUCCCAGCCAAGAGUAAUGUAUUGAUAGCUUACUUUUGAAGUGAGAUUUUUGCCAAAUGGUUUGGUUAAAUUGCAGUAUAACUUUUAGUAAAAGUGACUGAAAAUCAUUUAAUGGUUUUCUAUAUCAUAAUAGUUUAACCAGACGUCAUAUUGAAAAAUUUAGCAUCCUACAAUAGAGCCAGAGAUUUUCUACUUCUAUGUGAGCCCCAUAGUAAAGUACUACUGUUUAAAGUGGGCCUUUCAAGGUGCCCAGUAGAUGGUAUGGAAGGAUCAUCUCAGCCUUUUGUCACUGGGUACAUUGCUGUACCUGUAACUUUACUUCUGUUAUGUUUGUUUUUCCUUGUUUAGCUGUCAAACUUGUUUAACUUUACCAUGCUCCAACUUUUGUCCAUUUUGAAAAAAAAAAUCUUGAGAAAAUCUCAGGCUGUAUCAAUGAAUUUUAAAUUUUUAUUAUAAUAAUAUUGAUGAUCCUUCAUGAAAGGAAACUGAAAAGCAUUGACAAAGUUAAAUAAGUUGGACGGCAAGUGGAAGAAGAUCAGAGGAAACAGAUUUAAAAUCAGAAACAAGAUACAUUGCACAUGGUGGCGGAAGUGACACUACAGUACAUAGGUCCUUUAGUAAUGCCUAUAAUGUGCCACUCAAGGCACACUGUAGGUAGUACCCUACACAGAGUCAGAAUUGAAUGAAUGUUCUGAAAAGGAAGGACAGAACAGGCUACAUUUCCAUUAUGGAGAUGCCAGUAUUUUUUAAAGACUAUUUAUAUAGAAUAUGUAUGCUGUAUUGUAUAUAUUUUACUUGAUGUUUAAUCUUCAUUUAUGCAAAAUAUUUUUAUGCAUGUUGGUAACAAAUAUGAAAAAAUAAUUGUUCAAAAAGUAUUUAAUGUGUGAAACCUUCCAAGCCCAGAAAUGUACCUUGAAAUUAGUUAAGAAGUUGGUCAUAUGACUUUUUUUACACUAAUUUGCAAUUUCAAAGUUGUUGAAGAAAGAUACAUUUUAAAGUUGUUGAAUAGAUACAAAACCCAUCCUAAAAAUUUUUCAGAUAAUGAAAUGGCAUGAUCUGUCUAACCUGCUUAGUGUACAAUAUGACUUUUAGCUUAUAAAAUAUUGUUUUAUCCUCUAAUGUAUUAUGUUUUGAAAUAAUGACAGUGAAGUAAGUGUAUUCACUCUAAGAAAGGUUUGUUCAUUUACUUUUCUUUAAAAAUGACAAGUACACUUUUUUUUUUUCAAUUAAAGGCAGGUUCAAUGAUUGAAGAAUAUACUCCAAGAACGGGAAGUAAAGACUCAUGAAGUUAGUUGACCCUUGAGUGUGCAACUCCCAUAUAGUAUGAGAAUUAUAUAAUAAAAGACUUUGGCUAGUAUGUUUGCUUUACAGUAUCUUGGAAGCAAAAGAUAAAUCUCACACAUUGCAUUCCUCGCUCCUGAAAUUGGUAUUGAAAAAAAAUAUCCCUUUGUCCUGACUUACUGACUUGUGAUGCGUUGUAACCCUAACUCAAGACAGAAUAAAUAAUAGCAGUUUAAGGGGAAUGUUGUUAAGAAAGUGAAUGUACAGGUUAGAUAGAAUCUGGGGAAUAGCAGUGCAAAGUAUUUUUCUUAUUUGUUUAGGUUUUCAUACAAGUGCAAUCCUUUUUUUUUUCAGUUUUCGUUAGUAAUGACUAGUAGUAUGGUUCUGUUUCUUGUCAGCAAUUUUUAUUUUUAUCAAAAACAGAUGUUUGUACUAUAUAUCCAUAUGUGUCAGUGUCCCUUUAUCUUUAGUAGAUUUUGAAAAGCAUGUUUUUCUAUGAAAUUCAGUUAAAACUGAUCCAGAUGAAAGCCUUCAAAAUACUGCUAACUGUAUGUCUUUUUGUUAAUUUUUCAUGUCAUUUUUAUUGCACCAUGUAUUUUAUGAGAUUUGCCACAUCGGUUGUGAUGUGAGAGAUCUAGAAUAUUUCCAUUUUAAGUGCAAUGAAGGGCAGGUUUUGUUCUAAGCAGUAUAAAACUGCUGAUGAGAAAUCACCAGUUAACUUGUUUGUAGGAUGCAUGAUAGACUUUCGUAUAAGAAGGAAAGCUACCGUACGAUAUGCUUACGUAUUACUAUACCAUUAUAUGGGCACAUGUAAUAGGGAAGAAAUUUAGAAAAUACAUAAAGGAAGGAAGUGCAGUAUAUUAGAGAAAGAAGGAAAAGAGCACUCCCUGAAAUAAUCAAAUGUAUUGUAUAAGAUACACAUCUACACAAGAAAUAGCAAAGCUGUCAAAACAAAUUCUUUAAAGAACCAUGUAGACAUGGAUUUAGUACCAGGUGUAGUUGGUUAAAGCUUUUUCAGAAUGUUCAACCUUCUUGGCCAUAUCCCACCCAAGCUCUGCUCUUGACCCUAUAGCACAUGUAUGGCAGCUGAGAAACCCAUAUCUGGAGUUAGUUAAGAAUAUCUCACAUGGCUGAAAGUGAUCCGCUUGUGAAUGUAAUGACAGUGUAUGCAUAGUAAAAACAAAUAGAAAACUUUUCUUAGGAAAUUUCAAAUAGACAUGAAUAUAUAAUGAAGCUCAGGUUAGUUACCUUAACUUAUCCUCACCCCUCAUGCAGAAAACAAAAUUUGCUUGGUGAGGUAUGUUAGAACGUUUUGCAUCAAGUGUUGUGUAGAUGUAAGAUACAGUGAAUGCAUUAUCUAUUUAGAAAGUAUGAGGUUCUCCCUGUUCAUAUGGGGAGGAUGUUUUCUAGCAUGUUUUUUCACGGAGGAUAUGAUUUUGAAAGAUUUCAAAUCAAAACUGAUGGUUGUUUGAAAUAUAAUAUGGAAACUGUUGGGUUCAUUUCAUGAGGAGAAUAGAAAAAACAAAAUGCCCAUGAUCCUUUACUGUGUAUUUUGAGUAUUUGUGCCUUAAUGUAAACAUUCUGUUGCAAUGAUUUAAAGCAGUGAGACUUUCUAAAAUCCAAUGCUAACAUACUGAUGUUAUCUUGACAGAUUUUUGUUGAAUGAAGGAUUUACAAACUGAAAUAACAGGAUUUCCCUUGUGUACUGUAUUACCCUUUUACCCAUGCUAUUCAUCUCCCAAAGUACAGUAGUAGAAUAGCCUAUAUUAUUUUGUUUCCAUAACUUGAAGAACUUGGAAGGAGUUUUGUGAAGCUUUUUACUCUAAUUAUAUUAGUGUGAAAAUUAUUGCUGUUGAAUAGUCUGAAGUAGAUAAGCAGCAUAUACACAAGUUUGUAACAUUCUUAGAGAAAUUAACAUUUGUAAGUGGUGGUUUUAAGGUUCAGGAAUUUUAGUGAAGUGCAUAUGUUUAUACGAUCCUGAAUCUUGUCUUGAAGUGUAUAUUAUACUGCUCAGUCUCUCAUAUAUUGCUGUCUGUUGUGGUCAUCUGUUUUUACCAUCCAGAAAGAUGUUGGUUUGUUUUUGUUUAGUUUUUUUUUUUACAACAAUUUACUCCGUAUGGACACUGUGGAGUUACAGUGUAGCUAAACUAAAAAUGAAAAUCUACCACUAUGAGCCCUUACACACUGGGGAUAUGGCUGUUUCUCAACUUGAAUGAGCUUAAGUAAAAGUAAAAUUUUGAGAACAUGAUCUAGUCCUGUUUAAUUGUGGCAUUCCAGACCAUUUUUUGCCCUGACUUCUAUAAUAGGAAUUUCCAAGGAACUCUUCCAUUUGCAUUCAUCUUAUUUUCAGUGACAAAUAGUUCAUCGUUCAUCACAUCUUUGGAUAAUCCAAGAGUCAUUGUCAUCAUUAAUUUAUGUUUUUGUGUUGGAUAAUUUAGCCUAGUAUUUUUAUAGUUUGGCAUCUGCAAGUGAUAUAUAUACAGACUUUGUUAGAAUGUACAUUUAAAACACUGAAUUAGUAAACUUUUUUUAAAUGAAGUUUAUAUGCUUGUUGUUUCUCUUAUUAUUAGCAAUUGGUUACUGUUUUUUUAUUUUUAUUUUUUUCAUUUCUAAGUGUAAGGUAAAGUUUUAACCAUAAAACUAUUACAAUAAAACUUGUAGAGAAA